CUAACCUGGCAGGGACCGCUGGGCUCUGUUUGAUCAGCGAUCGGAGUGUCCAUGGGGGAAAAAAAAGCAGAACUGCAACGAGCGACGCCCUGGGAGAUAAAGAGGACAGAGCCCAGACCACGGGCUUUCACAUCGCAAGGAGACAGGAGCUCUUCGAAACCGUCCCGGAUUUGUUCCUCAGAAGGAGAGCAAGCCAUGAGGCUGCGCUGUGUCCCCUUCGUCCUGCGCCGAAGGUCGGGCUCCAUCUUCGAGCUCCUGGUCUGCCUCUCCUUGGCCCUGCACCUCCUCCUCGCCCUGUACUCCCUCUCCUUCCUGCAUGACACCUGUCCCCGGCCUCCUCUUGCUCAUCCCGGGGGCUCCGUGAGGAAGACAGUCCGCUCCGCUCUGCUGGGCAGCGGCCAGCCCUCAGACACUGCCACACCCAGCAUGGCCGCCAGCAAGGCACCCCCCCACCCAGCCCGGGACGGGGGGCCCACUGCCUCGCUCAACAUGGCUGCAGAGAUGAGCCAAGAGGGCUCACCCAAGAUGGCCGCCAGCCCGGUCCGCUCCAAGCUGCAGGCCUUGUUCCAGCAUCCUCUGUACACCCUGCCGGAGCCAGAGGUCGGAGAGGACGAUUGGCUACUGCAAGUGAGGUCAAAGGUCGGAGACAGCAACGAAGACAGCAACAGAAUCACCGAGGAGUGGGUCAGCGAUGAUGUGGGCUACGACGCCGCCCAGUGGAACGGCAGUGCCCAGACUCACCCUCCCUGGCUGCGUUUCCACCUGGGCAUCACGCGCUGGGCGCUGUAUCGCCGUGACGACCCCGUGCUGGCGCCGCUGACCCAGCAGCUGGCCGGACAGCGCAUCAUCAGCGCAGGUGCGGGCCGCCGCGCUCCCGCUGCUGGGCGGUGCGAGGCGCUCCGGGACCCGGCACCCCUCGGGGGGCCCGCGGCUCGUUAGCCCUCUCGGCGCCAGCGUGUCUUCGGCCAGGCGUGUGGGGCUCAGGUCACGCCGAGCACACGC